GCUCCUGCAGUCUGGGGCUGAUUUAUACCAGUAAACACUGCACGAUGCCUCCCAUCACAUUCCAGGAUCUGCCACUGAACAUCUACAUGGUCAUUUUUGGCACCGGCAUCUUUGUCUUUGUGCUCAGCCUCAUCUUCUGCUGCUACUUCAUCAGCAAACUGCGGCACCAGGCUCAGAGCGAGAGGUUCGGGUACAAGGAGGUGGUUUUGAAGGGCGAUGCCCGGAGGCUGAAUGUGCACGGGCAGACCUGUGCCGUCUGCCUGGAAGAUUUUAAGGUGAAGGAGGAGCUGGGGGUGCUGCCGUGCCAGCACGCCUUCCACAGAAAGUGCCUGGUGAAGUGGCUGGAGGUGCGCUGCGUUUGCCCCAUGUGCAACAAGCCCAUGGCGGGUCCGGCACAGCCCCGCGCCGGCAUCGGCACCCUCCUGGACGAGCUGGUGUGAGCAGCCCC